GUUAUUGCAUUGAAAUUGUAGAUUAGCGAUACCGAUACAGGCGAUAUCUUUACCUCAAACCAUGGGCUUGGCCCUAAGGGCUUCAGUGCAUUUCCCCUCCUCAUAACAACCCCAAACGGUCUGGUUUGGGGGUAAUUGGUUCAGUUAUCCGGUUGUUAACUGUUAGAACAGUUUCUUAACGACCAGUCCGGUUUGCGUGCUGAUAUGGGAGACGUGGAGAACGAAGCCACAAAAGAAAGUGAAAGAAUAAAGUGAGUGCUGUGGAAGAUGUUGUAAAUGACUUCAGCACUUCGGCGAUUGACACCUUCGCGACGAAGGAGGUUGGAGAUAGGGAGGAGGGCUUCGAGAGGAGAUUUCCUGUUUGUCCAUAGAAAAUUAUUUUAGCUUUUCGCCGAGGAUCCUUUCCUCUCUUCAGAAAGGGACUGAAGUGACUCGAACUUGCUUCCAGGGUUUUGCAGUUCGAAGAGUUGUGUAAUUACAGGAAUUUGGAAUUCUAGGGUUCUAUUUUUUUAUCCAUCUAUUGAUAGUUUUUGUUGGGUUAGUCUUAAGUGGGAAUGGAUAAGGUGAAAAACAAAUCCAGGAGAGAGGAUUCAUCAGAUAGGAAGGAGGAUUCCAAGAGGAGCGACCGGAACCGUGACAGAGAAAGGGACAAGGAAAGAAAUGAGGACAGGUACAGAGAUAAGGAGAGGGCGAGUGAUCGUGAUUCUGAGAAGAAAGACAGGGAGAGUCGGCGCUCGGUGAGGGAGAGGAGUGUUGAUGACAGAUAUAGGGAGAAGCACAGGGACAAAUACAGGGAGAAAGAGAAGGAUAGAGGUUGGCAUCGAGAUGAGGAAAGAGAGAGGACAAAAGAGAGGGUGAAAGAUAAGGAGACGGAGAAAGAAAGGGGGAGGCAUAGAGAGAAAGACAGGGAGAAGGAAAGGGAGCGAGAAAGGGAAGAACGAGAGAGGGAGAGAGAUAGAGAAAGGCAGAUCAGAGAAAAGGAGCUGGAAAAAGAGGAGAGAGAAAGAGAAAAGCUGUGGGCAAGAGAGAGGGAGGAGAGGGAGAGGACCAGGGAGAGGGAAAAGCGUCGGGAGCUUGAUAGAGAUGAGGAAAAAGAUGCAGAUGAAAGCAGGGGCCAUGACAGAAAAAAGCGUAAGAGGAACGAUGAUUAUAGGGAGAGAGAAUGGGAAAGGAGCAGCAGCCGAUCAGAUAGGGACAAAGAUGACAAUGAUGAUAGCCGAAGGAAAAGGAGUGAGGAUUAUUCUGAGAACAAAGAGAAGAGAAGCUGGGAAGAAGAUUUAGAGGAAGAGCAGAGGAAACUUGAUGAGGAAAUGGAUAAGCGGAGGAGGAGGGUUCAGGAAUGGCAGGAAUUGAAAAGGAAGAAGGAAGAAUCUGAGAGAGAAAACCUGGGAGAGGCAAAUGCUGAUGUCCAGAAAUCCAGUAAGAACUGGACCCUGGAAGGGGAGUCUGAUGAUGAAGAUGUUGUUUUUACAGUGAAAUCUGAGAAGGAUAUGGACAUGGAUGAAGAUGGCAAGUCCGCUGGUGAAAGUGGAGAUGCUAUGGUGGUUGACUCUGAAAAUGGGACUGCUGUAGCUGGCACACAAAAUGGAGGUGAAGAAGCCAAUGGGGAUGAGGAAAUAGACCCAUUGGAUGCUUUCAUGAAUUCAAUGGUAUUGCCUGAAGUUGAGAAGCUGAAUGGCUCAGAGAGCUCCUCUAAAUUGGAUAAUAAAAAGUCAGAUCCUAAGAAGCAUCAGAAAGAUGGGCAAACUAAUGGUGUUCAGUCCAAAAGGGUUACAAAUAAAGCUAUGGGAAGGAUCAUCCCUGGUGAAGAUUCUGAUUCUGAUUAUAGUGAUAAUGAGAAUGAUGAAGUUCCACGUGAAGAUGAAGAUGAUGUUGAGUUCAUGAAAAGGGUGAAGAAGACUAAGGUUGAAAAAUUAUCUGUAGUUGACCACUCAAAGAUCCAGUAUCCCCCUUUCAGGAAGAAUUUCUAUAUUGAAGUGAAGGAGAUCUCAAAGAUGACAGAUGAGGAUGUUGCUACCUACAGAAAACUACUUGAGUUGAAGAUUCAUGGGAAAGAUGUGCCAAAGCCUGUUAAGACAUGGAACCAGACUGGAUUGACUAGUAAAAUAUUGGAUACUAUAAAGAAACUAAACUAUGAAAAGCCAAUGCCCAUCCAAGCCCAGGCACUGCCAAUAAUUAUGAGCGGUCGGGACUGCAUUGGUAUCGCAAAAACUGGAUCUGGUAAAACCCUGGCUUUUGUUUUGCCACUGUUGAGGCAUAUCAAGGAUCAGCCACCUGUUGUUCCUGGAGAUGGGCCUAUUGGGCUUGUAAUGGCUCCUACCAGAGAGCUUGUCCAGCAGAUCCAUAGUGAUAUCAAGAAGUUUGCAAAGAUGCUUAAUGUUAACUGUGUUCCUGUCUAUGGAGGCUCUGGGGUUGCCCAGCAGAUAAGUGAAUUAAAGAGAGGUGCUGAGAUUGUUGUCUGCACUCCAGGGAGGAUGAUAGAUAUACUUUGUACGAGUGGAGGAAAGACUACUAAUCUCCGAAGAGUUACAUACCUAGUUAUGGAUGAAGCAGAUAGAAUGUUUGACAUGGGAUUUGAACCUCAGAUUACUCGGAUCGUCCAAAAUACCCGACCAGACCGACAGACUGUAUUUUUUUCGGCUACUUUUCCUCGUCAGGUUGAGAUACUGGCUCGUAAAGUAUUGAACAAGCCUGUAGAAAUCCAGGUUGGGGGAAGGAGUGUUGUGAACAAGGAUAUAACGCAGUUGGUUGAGAUGAGAUCAGAUGGUGAGAGGUUCUUAAGGCUGCUAGAACUACUGGGAGAGUGGUACGAGAAAGGGAAAAUAUUGAUAUUUGUCCAGUCACAAGAGAAAUGCGAUUCUUUAUUUAGGGACUUGCUAAAGCAUGGUUACCCUUGCCUAUCCCUUCAUGGAGCUAAGGAUCAGACUGAUCGCGAGUCAACCAUUUCUGAUUUCAAGAGGAAUGUCUGCAAUCUCUUGAUUGCAACUAGUGUCGCUGCGAGGGGCUUGGAUGUGAAGGAGCUUGAGCUGGUAAUCAAUUAUGAUGUUCCAAACCACUAUGAAGACUAUGUGCAUCGUGUUGGUCGGACAGGUCGUGCUGGCCGGAAAGGCUGUGCUAUUACCUUUAUCUCUGAAGAGGAUGCAAGAUAUGCUCCAGAUCUUGUAAAAGCUUUGGAACUCUCUGAGCAAGCUAUUCCUGCUGAUCUGAAGGCUUUCGCUGAUGGAUUUUUAGCGAAAGUGAAUCAGGGACUUGAGCAUGCUCAUGGGACUGGUUAUGGUGGCAGUGGUUUUAAGUUUAAUGAAGAGGAAGAUGAAUCGAGGAAAGCUGCUAAGAAAGCACAGGCAAGAGAAUAUGGUUUUGAGGAAGACAAGUCAGAUUCGGACUCUGAAGAUGAAGGGAUUCGGAAGGCUGGAGGUGACAUCUCUCAGCAAGCGCAGCUUGCGCUUGCUCAAGUUGCUGCCAUAGCUGCAUCCUCCAGGAUAACUGUAGCUUCAAUGCCGAUCCCAGUCUCAGCAGCCCCAUCAUUGCUGAAUGGAGGACUACCUGUAUCUCCCCCUGGUGCCGGUUUGGGUAUACCAGGCACCGCAUCAGUGGUACCUGGGGCGACUCUGCCCAUUGGACCAGGUGAUGGAGCAGCUCGAGCAGCGGCAUUAGCAGCUGCUAUGAAUCUGCAGCAUAACCUUGCAAAAAUCCAGGCUGAUGCACUGCCUGAACACUAUGAAGCAGAGUUUGAGAUCAACGAUUUUCCUCAGAAUGCUCGAUGGAAGGUGACUCACAAGGACACUUUGGGUCCAAUCUCGGAAUGGACUGGGGCUGCUAUAACUACCAGGGGGCAAUAUUAUCCACCAGGUAGGGUCCCAGGACCUGGGGAGCGGAAGCUCUAUUUGUUCAUUGAGGGUCCUACUGAACAGUCUGUAAAGAGGGCAAAAGCAGAAGUAAAGCGUGUUCUGGAGGACUUCACGAACCAGUCAUUGUCACUGCCUGGUACAGCCCAGCCGGGCAGGUACUCUGUCUUGUGAGAACUUGAUAUCCGCGCCUCCAAUAGGUAUGUUCCUGGAAUCUGUUGUUUACUCUAAAUAGUAUAUAUAACAUCCUACCGCUCUGCUGUGCUAGGCAAUCCUUGCUGCUUCUGCACUGAUAAGAGCACAUGUGAUCUAAUCAUAUUCUCCAUAACCGUUCUACCUUUCUGGGAUUGCUGCAGCACUGCUUGCAUGUUGUGAAGGGGAUCUGGACUCAGCGUCUUCAGUCUCAUACAGUUGGACGGCGCUCUUAGGUUGGUCGUUUCCUGACAUAAUAGGCUUUGACAGUGGAUCCAAUCCGUGGUGGCAGUGUGAUGACUUCCUUUAUAGAGUUCUGGUUGACCAGUGGAGGACUACUUGAGCCAUGCCUCAAAUACUAUGCAGUAGUUGUGGACAAUAGAAGAAGAACCAUGGAACAGCUAUCUGUCUUGAAUUCAUUGCAUACUUGUCAUCUACCUUAAGAACACAUACUGCAUUAUCACAGAAGAAGUAAGUGGCUGGGGAUAUGAAACAUUGAUACCCAGAAUCUUUUCCUCUCUGUUUUGUUGUGUAAUGACUUAUUCUGGCUGUUCUGUAGCUCUAGGCAGUAGUUGCAUUUUUUUUUGUUUAUGCUAAAUAACUAACUUCCUUGUUUUUCUGUAUAGUUCUCACUUGCGAUUUGCAGUUGCCUUGGAGGAAUCCUGACUUAUUCAUGGUCAUCAUUCCUAAUUUUGCACUGCAAUUCACAGCGUCCUCAUUUGAUUUCCCAUUUUAUCUGUGUGGAAGUCUCUGUUUCCAAAUCAUCUAUGCAAUUAGAGACUGUCUAUUGGUGGCAUGGCUACAUGGACUAAUUUAUGUGUUUCUUCGGAGUUGCCAAUCGUAGAUGUGCAAAAAUGGCUGCUGCUCAAGGAGAAUUGCAACUGUCUUCGGAUUCACCAAACAGUCAUUGAGAUUGUAAUGUGGGAAGGCAACUUCAGAGCUGAUUGGCUGCUGGUCAUCAUCUAUUCUUAUAUAUCUAAGAACUAAGAACUAUAGCAGUGAUAAGAAGCUUGUUAAAGGAUUGCUCAGAGUGAUGCCACUUACAUUUCUCUGUCAUGUAUCCUUUACAAAUGAUGAUUCCAAUUUUCAUAAAGAUCUGCAGUUGUGAAA